AUGGGAUUGCAUUUAAGUCAUAAAGUCUACGUUGUAACUAGCGCAUACGAAUCGUUUAUAGUGUUAUUAAAUAAAGAAAGCAUCUCUAGGUUAGACGAAAAUGUUUAUUGCCGUGAAAAGGAUAGAUUGAUUACCUCCGAAGAUAGUGAUGAAUACUUUCUUGCGAGUGUUGAAAUUAAUGCGAUGGUAAAGUUACUGUGCCGAUAUUGUAAUGAUAAUGAAGAAAUACAACCAAAAAUAUGGUAUUAUCAAGAUCGGUUACAAACUUUACCAAAAAGAGAAGUAGAGAUAGGGAUGGACAACAAUGUAUCGUAUAAUAGAAUUUAUGUGACAUUAGAUCUUUCAUUAGUUAUAAAGAAUAUUGAGAAAACAGAUGCCGGAAUUUAUCGAUGUCAUGGACAAGAAGGUCAAGACGAAGAAUACAAAUUUAAUUAUAGAAUAGAGCCAAUACUUAAAGAUCAAAGAGAUACUUUUAUCGAAACAGGCAACAUUACCAAAUGGGAAGAAUAUCGUGUGAUAAAUUUAUUAUCUGUGACUACGCGCUUUGCUGUAUCUAAAAUGCUUAAUCUUGUAUAUUUACGACAGCAAGGCAUCAUUCUAGAAGUAAUUUCUGAAUGGGGACCUUGGGGUCAAUGCGAAAAAUGUAUACAUAAUGUGGGAAUUAGAACCCGUAGAGGAUAUUGUAGAUUGAAGCGUCAAUUUGAUAAAACCGUUAUAUUGGAUCAUACAACUCAAAUCGUAAGGUUUUUUAAUAAAACCCCUAUGCUUCCUUGCAAAUCUAUACUUCUUCAAGAAGAUUUUCCUAUUGUCAGCAGUGCUGUUAGAUAUUUGCCUGAAUUUGUUUUGGAGGAGACAUGUAAGAAUUGUACUAAAGAAAAGAAAAAGAAAAAGGGAAAAAAAUUUAAAUAUAGAAAACAAUAUGUGUUCUCAGAGGGUGCUCAUUUUGCUAUUUCUUGUCCAGAGUAUGUUACAGUUUUGUUUUAUAUACUCAUACGGACCUCAUUACAAGACUACUUAUGGGCUGUAAAAGAGUCAUUUAUAAAAAUUACAAAUUUCCUAUAUUACUACAAUGGAUUUAAAUUUAUUAUUUAUGAAUGUUCGAUAUCAUAAGCGAGUUUUUUUUGGUAAUAUAUGGCACCUCGUGUGUACACAGAGAAAUUUUUUUAUUUAAGAUUAUUGUCAGUUUUAUAAUGAAACUUGAUUAUCAAAUUUUAAAGGAAUCUAUGGCGAAGGAAGUGUUAAUAUGUUAUUUUAACAAAAUAAGAAAAAUAAUUUUACAACUUAUAGAAUUAUAGCGAGGUCCGGUGGUAUUCAAAAACAAUAAUUUGUUUUAAUUGAUAAAUGUAGAUCAGACCAGCAAUCUAAUAUAAUCUGGAAAAAGGAUUUGAUUGUUUUAAAGCAAGGCGUUAGUAGAUCUUUUCGCAAAACGGAUCUCGAAGUUCGAAUGAUGGUUGAUACAUUUUCAACGCUCUACAUAAUUGGUGUUAUUUUCUUUCCAAAAACAUAUACUUUAAUUUAUAAAUCAUUUAAUAUGCACUAAUAAUUAUAUACAAUAGAUAUUACAAAAGAAGAAGAAGGUAAUUAUACGUGUUACGUCGAUAACGUCAAUAUGAUGCAAAUGAAGAUCAUUGUUGUCUCUAAAUCGAAAUUUUGGACAUUAGGUAGAAUAAUGAUAUUCUUUCUUAUAACUUUCAUUUAAUAAUUUGUCUUGUUAUUUGCAUCGUUAUAGCUCUUUUGCGUCACAUGGGCUAUCUUGGAUUUAUAUUAUUAUUAACUUCAUUUUGUUAUUGUACCGGAUUGAUAAUAACAUGCAAACGAAAGGAUACCUUCAAAGUGGUAUAUCCAGAAAAGAAUGAUGCACGUAAAAAGGAAGAACGUUAUUGGAAGGAAAACAAGAAUAAAGAAAACGUGCCUAUAAUAUCCGAUGUGGACACUUCGUCAUAAAAGAUGGUCGAGAAAGCAUUCACCGUGGGCCAUUUUUUCUUUUUUUGCAAAACAUUUUGGGAGCUAAAAAAGGGUAGAUAAUGAAAAAAUGU